UAAUAAUACAUUACGUAAACACGUAUAAGAAUAUUGACCAUCAUUAUCUUGUAUGCCAAGCAUACCUCGGAACAUAUAGAUCAUGGUAACAAGUACUUGGAAAAUCACAUAGAAAGUUCGCUUUCUCGCUCACCAUUUAUCAAAGCACGUGCCGCUUUAUAGAAAACGUGAGAACAGGUAUCUACCUUAAACGUACUGUAUCGUAUCUACAGGUAAAAAUGACAAUAGAGGUUUAAACGUUUAAAGCAACGUUUACAGUGAAGGGAAAGAACGUUUAAAUUUGUUGAAUUAAAGCCGUGAAAGUAAAUACUGUGUCUCGACUCAAGAGGCAAACACAAUAGAUAGACCUUAGAGAUUUGUCAUUCGUAAGGUAUCUUGACUUUCUCUCAAUCUGCUUAAAGAUCAACGUUCAACAAUGAUCUUAACGCUUCCUUCAAUUAAACUAUGUAGCAUUCAGACCGUGUAUAUGCAUUUUUACUUAAAUAUACCAGUUUUCCAGUCCUUCGUUUCUGUUAGUCGAAGAGCAAUCGUUGCAGAACACACGUCUCAUUGGACCUUUGACAUUUUUUGAACAAUUUACGUUUAAACAAUUUCUUUUUUACAGUUAUAUUUUUUAAAUUAUUACAUCGAAGGCGUAUUUGUUUAAUGAUGCGUAGAUACUGUAUCAUUACGUUACUAUUAUACUCUGUUAUGUUGUGCAUAAAUAUUGACGCGUGGAGUUCUCUUAAAAGGUUUCGACAUCUUUGGCAACCAAAUAUUAAUCGCGUCAACGAAUCGUUAUCGCUUAAACGGGACCCUCUAAACUCUCUAAAGGGUAAAUUACAGUCGAUUAAUUUUCAAAAUAGCGCACCAAGUCAGGGCGGUAGAGAAAAACGACUUUUCCCAUUAUUUACAUUGGUAAAAUUUGACAAUAACGUUUGCGUCGGAUUAAAUGGUGAAAAUGGUACCUGUAUCGCAGCUUCGGAAUGCUCGAAACGUGGUGGUGUAUCUAGCGGAGUUUGCGCAAAUGGUUACGGAGUUUGCUGCAUUGUGACAGUAUCUUGCGGCGAGACAACCAGCAACAAUAAUACUUAUUUCGUUAAUCCGAAUUAUCCAUCAACGUUUGAUGGUACUAUAUCUUGUCAAUUAACGCUCGUUAAGUCGCAUCCAACCGUAUGCCAGUUUAGAUUGGAUUUCUUGCAGUUUAAUACAAGAGGUCCGGAAACGACUAACCAUCAGUGUAUCUAUGAUCAAUUUAUCGUUUCUGGGGGUAAUCCGGUAUCUACCAUAUGUGGAAAUAAUGCUGACAAUCAUAUAUACGUCGAUACUGGUCUUGGACAAACGAAUCCUGUCACGUUGACAUUUGUUACAAGCGGAAAUUCUUUUGCUCGAUCUUGGAAAGUACGAGUCUCUCAAAUACGUUGCAAUACUAUAUACAGAGCCGAGGAAGGGUGUUUGCAAUAUUUCACAGGGAUAUCCGGCCAAAUAAAAUCGUUCAAUUACGAUCCUAACACCGGAUUGCAACUGUCGAAUCAAGAUUACAGUAUUUGCAUUCGAAUGGAAAGGAAUUUUUGCGGUAUUCAGUAUAUGGCAUGCCCGAUCGAUGAUAAAGAUGUACUGGCAAACGAUGGUGCCACUAUGGCAAGAAUGGCACGUAGUAAUGGAUUUACGUUAACUGGAAAUACGCAAGCAAUGCAAAUAGCAUCAAUGACAGGAGCAGCCUGUCAAACCGAUUGGUUAACGAUACCGUGUGCGUCUAACACAGGUAGAUUGCCAACCUCCAUGAUGACUUGUAUCGAUCGGAUAUGCGGUGGAACAUUUAACGCGGAAAAUCAAAAUUUGAACGCGUCUUCCGUUAUUAGUACAGUGAAACCAUUUAGAUUAAUUUUCCACACGGAUAGCGUUGAAGCGCCAAACGAUGUCGGGAACAGAGGAUUUUGUCUGAAUUAUAUACAACAACCUUGCACAACAAAAUUAAGAUAAAAAUAAAAUGCAAAUGAAAUCAACCU